AUGCGGGACCCGCGGGGCGCCGUCAGUUCCUGCAGCAGCAGCCGCCGCCGGCCUGCAGCAGCAGACGCCGCCGCCCUGCAGCAGCAGCCGCCGCCAGGCCUGCAGCAACAGACGCCGCCGCCCUGCAGCAGCAGCCGCCGCCAGGCCUACAGCAGCAGCCGCCGCCAGGGUCUGCAGCAGCAGCCGCCGCCAGAGCCUGCUGCAGCAGCCGCCGCCAGGAAGCCGCCCCUGUUGCUGCCCGUGCCUGUGCUGCCCGUGCCUGUGCUGCCCGUGCCUGUGCUGCCCGUGCCUGUGCUGCCCGUGCCUGUUGCUGCCCGUGCCUGUGCUGCCCGUGCCUGUUGCUGCUCGUGCCUGUGCUGCCCGUGCCUGUUGCUGCCCGUGCCUGUGCUGCCCGUGCCUGUGCUGCCCGUGCCUGUGCUGCCCGUGCCUGUGCUGCCCGUGCCUGUGCUGCCCGUGCCUGUUGCUGCCCGUGCCUGUGCUGCCCGUGCCUGUUGCUGCCCGUGCCUGUGCUGCCCGUGCCUGUGCUGCCCGUGCUUGUGCUGCCCGUGCCUGUGCUGCCCGUGCCUGUUGCUGCCCGUGCCUGUGCUGCCCGUGCCUGUGCUGCCCGUGCCUGUGCUGCCCGUGCCUGUUGCUGCCCGUGUCUGUGCUGCCCGUGCCUGUGCUGCCCGUGCCUGUGCUGCCCGUGCCUGUGCUGCCUGUGCCUGUUGCUGCCCGUGCCUGUGCUGCCCGUGCCUGUGCUGCCCGUGCCUGUUGCUGCCCGUGCCUGUGCUGCCCGUGCCUGUGCUGCCCGUGCCUGUGCUGCCCGUGCGUGUUGCUGCCCGUGCCUGUGCUGCCCGUGCCUGUGCUGCCCGUGCCUGUGCUGCCCGUGCCUGUGCUGCCUGUGCCUGUUGCUGCCCGUGCCUGUGCUGCCCGUGCCUGUGCUGCCCGUGCCUGUUGCUGCCCGUGCCUGUGCUGCCCGUGCCUGUUGCUGCCCGUGCCUGUGCUGCCCGUGCCUGUGCUGCCCGUGCCUGUGCUGCCCGUGCCCGUGCUGCCCGUGCCUGUUGCUGCUCGUGCCUGUGCUGCCCGUGCCUGUGCUGCCCGUGCCUGUGCUGCCCGUGCCUGUUGCUGCCCGUGUCUCGUGCUCGCGCCCCCGUGCGCUCGGCUACUGUCUGCGCCCUCGUGCGCACUGUCCCCCCCCCCCCGUUUGCGGCGCCUGCCCUGCCGUCGCAGCCCUGCCCGUCGCGGCCCUGCCUAACCUGCCGCCCAACGUGGCCCUGCUUUGUGGACCGUCGUGGCCCUGCCCUGCCGCCCUUCGUCGCGGCCCUGCCCUGCCGCCCUACGUCACGGCCUCUGACUGCAGCCGCCGUCGCAGCCCCUGGCCUGCCGGCCCACGUCGCGGCCCCUUACCUGCAGCCGCCGUCGCGGCCCCUUUCCUGCAGCCACUGUCGUGGCCCCUGCCCUACAGCCGCUGUCGCAGCCCCCUGCCCUGCAGCCGCCGCCGAGGCCCCCGCGCCACCCGCGCCUGCUUGCCGGCCGCUCCGCCGAGCUGCGCCAUCCAGCCGAGCCGCGCCGCACUGCCCUACUGAGCCGCGCUGCCUUGACCCCACUGCUCCUGCUACUGCUGCUACUGCCAUCAUGGAUAGCCCCUCAGUUCUUACCUUCGAUGCUAAGGGACGCGCUGUUGAUUUCAAUGUCUGGGUAGAUGAUCUGCGGCUGUAUCUUCAGUGCGAUAGCAAGGACGGAGUCUCGCUUUUUGAUCUCACGUCUGGCGCCUCUGCUGCACCUGCUACCGAUGCUAACAGUACCGUUCGCCCGCAGUGGACUACUCGUGACGUUGUUGCUCGCCUUGCUGUUCGUAGUCACUUGCCUUCUGCUGAGCGCGCACACUUUGGCCAGUACAAGACUGCUAAGUCUUUGUAUGACGCUGUCGUCGCGCGCUACUCCUCCCUUGCCACUGUUACCCUCAGUCGCCUCAUGCUACCAAUACUGUUCCCUGACAUGGCCGCCUUUGCCACAGUUGCUGACCUCAUUACUCACCUCCGCACUAGUGACACCCGCUACCGCGCUGCCCUUCCCCCCGAGUUCUGCGCCAAGAACCCACCCCCCAUGUACAUCACCCUCUUCUACCUAGUCACUCGUCUCCCUGACUCCCUUUCCUAA